AUGGAUGAAAAUAUUGAAGUUAGUUUGUUUAACAAAAAAAUAAAGUUUGGAGUUACUUAAUAGAUUCAAGAUGGAGAUAUUCUCAUGAUUUAAAGCAAGGCAGACCAAAAACUUCAAAAAACAAACUUCAUAUUUGCUUUAAAUUAAACUAAGCCUAGCUAAUAAUAAAAAGAACCUAAAAAGGAUGAUAUCAUACUUGAAAAUAUUGAGUUAAAAAAUAAAAUUAGUUAAAUAAAACAAAUGGAUGAGAAUAUAGAAAAUGAUUUAAAUUGCGCAAUUUGCUUGGAAUUAAUGCAUAAUCCUGUUUCAAUCAUAGGCUGUCUACAUAAUUUUUGUGGAGAUUGUUUAAACAGAUUUAUAUAUUAUAAUGGUACAAUAAAUAAUUUAUGCCCAACUUGUCGAUAACCGAUUGCAGAUGUUAAAUAGAAUAGUAUUAUUUAGUCAUUUAUAGAAAAGCAUUUAAAAAUAUAUCCUGAAUUAAAAAAAGAACCAAGCUACUACUUAAAUAAAGAUAAAGAAAAUAAUUUUGUAAAAAUGUAAUAAAUAUUAAUGCUUCAUAAUCAUAUAUAGUUCUAAAGAAACAUUAAUAUCUUGAGGGAUGAUGAUUAAGACGAUAUAAGGUUUUGCUCCUAAGUUAUUUUUUUUAUAUUGAUGUUAAUAUUUUGCUAUAUAAAUUCAUUUUUCCAUAAAUGA